UAAACUACACUUCCGGCUCCUUGCCAAGUAAAAGAUGGCGUUUCUAGAUGUCAAAGUAAAUGUCUGUUCAUGUUGGCCAGUCUUUCAUCCUUUCUCUCCCUGCAGCGGCUUCGUUUACUCUUUCCGCUUGGGUCCUCACCAGCUUUUAUGACCCAACGAGCCCGGCUUGAUACGCCAAAGGCCUCUCAACCGCUGACCCUAUAUAUACACAACAUAUUGUAUAUAAAACUAUAGCAUAUUGUAUAUUUAUUAUAUACAUAUACAUAUAUGUAUACAUAACAGACAGCUUUAUUACUCUUUCUGAAAUAUAAAUUAGUGGAAGUGAAUUAUAUUUCUUCUCCCCUAAACAACAAAGAAAACAACCCUUGUUUUUUUUUUAAUUUCUUCGAAGUCGGACGCCGAAAUCUAACGUAACCAUGUUUGGAAACUUAUUCGAUGAAGACGGCUACCAGAACCCGCAGGAAACACAUACCCCUAAUCAACAUAUAACUUGCUCGGGUGGUUCAACUUCGGGUGAUCCCGAACUUCUGAAAGCUCCGUCAGUGACCUCACCACCGCCUCUAGCACGGCCGCAAUGCCGCCUCGCUGGACUUGGCAACCAAGGAGCCACCUGCUACCUGAAUUCUCUCUUGCAGACUUUGUUUCUCACGCCGGAAUUUAGAGAGAGCCUUUUCAGCUUGGGUGAAAAUGAACUUGGAAAACUAUCAGACCGCAAUAACCCUGAUGCUAAGGUUCGUGUUAUUCCUCUGCAACUACAGCGUCUCUUCACCCAGCUGCUAUUUGCAGAUCUUCGCAGUAUCUCUACAGUGGAACUGACUGAAAGUUUUGGAUGGACAAACAACGAGGAAAUGCAGCAACACGAUGUCCAAGAACUUAACCGUAUUCUGUUCAGUGCUAUUGAAGACUCUUUGGUCGGUACUUCUGGCCAAAAUCUUAUCCACAAACUCUACCAUGGGCAAGUUGUCAACAAAAUCAUCUGUUCUGAAUGCGGUAACAUCAGUGAACGACAAGAAGACUUUGUAGAUAUUCCAUUGAGUGUAUCUAAGGACUCCAGCAGUCUGGAACAAGCCCUUUCUACAUUGUACUGUGAACUGGAGACCAUGGCUGGAAACAACAAGUACUACUGUGACCCCUGUCAGAAGCUAGUGAUUGCCAAAAAAGGUGCCAAAUUACGUUCCCUACCUCCCAUCAUGAGUUUUUCUCUGCUUCGAUUCAGUUAUGAUUUUGUUAAAAUGCAACGCUUUAAGGAAACGGGCAAGUUCAGUUUUCCAAAAUUCAUUGACAUGUCAGCUUUUGUGGACUCACCCUCCUCUGAUGAGAGUCCUGAAUAUGAACUGUUUUCCUUAGUUAUUCAUCGAGGCAGUACCCAUGGUGGCCACUAUCAUGCUUAUAUCAAAGACAUUGAUGGGCUUGGUACUUGGACAGAAACGUGUAAGGAGGUUGUGGUUCAUCAGUCCUCUUCUAGUCCAGCCCUGGUUAGUACCAAAGAGAAAGAUGUUAAUUAUCAAGGACUAUUUAACUCCCACAAAGCUGAAGGACCUGCUUUAAUGUUGAUGAACAUAUUGUUGAAGGCUGACAAUCAUACCCUACCAGUUGAUAAACUCUGUAUGGUAAGUUUCCUUUAUCUAACACACAUAUUACUAACAUGCUCUAUUAUUAUUAUUAUUAUUAUUAUUAUUAUUAUUUUCCUGCAUUCCCAUUCCGAUAAGUUUGAUUUCAAUGCAGACAACACUACUGUCUCCCUGGUCUCCAGCCCACACUCCAGCAAUGACUCAAAUUCUGAGUCUCCACAAAUUAACGGACAUGCAACAAGCUCCCCUGAUUUCAGCACCCCUCUAACCAAGAAGUCACAGUCAGCUGAGGGGACUCAGACUACAUUGAACACCGAUCUUAGUUCCAAUUCUGGUGUUUCACCCCCACAAGGACCAGAAGCUGCUGUACCAACCAGGAAACCCUGCAGUGGUUGGUUUGAUUUUGAUGACUCUGAUGUGAGCCCCAUCAAUGAAGCUGACAUUGAGAAACAGUUUAUGGGUCGCGAAAGUGCCUAUAUGCUGUUUUACCGUAAAACCUCCCAUCGGCCACCCUCAGCUUGGAGCAACCCUGCUUACAAGGUUCCUGGUUAUUUACUGCAGAAGGCCUUGCUCGAUAAUAAAAACAUUGAAAAGGAAAGGUUGACCUAUGAUAGCUCUAUACACCAAAUAGCUUUACAGAUCCACUACUCCUGUUACUACGAGUACCGAGAUGGAGCACUUCAUCCUUGUGAAAACCAUCAACCUUUCCAGUCCCUGGUCAUGGAUAAACGGAAAACUGUGGCUGAGUUGAAGGCUUCUGUGAGAGAGUUGGAUCAGAAUGCUGUCCAAGGACCAGACAUACAUAUUCAUCGACUGAAGAAGCUUGUGGCUGGCUGUCAUUUGUAUGAACAUUUAUCGGCUGAUGAUAGCAAAGUGAUAGAAAGUUUGCCAAUCAAAUAUGGUACCAAGUUGUUUGUUUGGGAUGGGAAACAGGUUCAGAAGCAGGAGAUACCAGUAGGUAUAGAGAGUGAACCAAUUCUGUUGACUGUGAUAUAUGGUAACCCUCUCCAGUUUAGCCAUGCCUACUCCAAGUCUCUGUCUAUGGCUGACUUCAAAGUUCUGGUCAGUCAACGAACUGGUGUCUCGGUCAAGAAGAUUAGCAUUAAGAAACUUCAGCAAACAGGAAGCCAAGUGUCUGCCAUUGAGAUCUGCUACAGCAACAACAAUAGCAAUGAGGACCAAACCUUGUCUGCUCUUGGACUUACUGAUGGAGAUGAGCUGGUUGUGGAGGACAAAUUCUGCUCUGGGCCAAGUUUGACAGACUGGACAAUUACAAAAAGAAGUAAGCUACUUGUAUGUGUGGACAAUUGCUGUCAGCAAAGUACAAGUUCAACUGUGAUGGUUGAGACCGACAAAGAUAUGCUUGUAUCUGAGGUGAAGGACAUUGCUUUAAUCAAACUAGGGAUUAAUAAACCCCUAGAUGAAACCUGCCUUUCCAUUGAGAAAGACCUGUCCAGCAGGAAGCUACCCUUGUGGGGAGAGGACAUGAUCCAGAAUGUUUUGGCUGGUACUGACCAUCAGCUCUUCUUAGAAGAUAAACCACAGCUGCGCAGAGAUGAGAUCACAGUGUUUGUUGGAUUUGGUGCCAGUUUGACCGCAACUCAGGCUGAUUUGGAACUGACUUUGGCCAAGGAUGAAACUGUAGAAGGUUGUAUUGGAUACAUUGCUUCCAAAUGGGAUGCUCUCCUACCGGUGGAAGGUUGGCAUCUACGGAAAGUCUCAUGGUGUGGUGAACCAUCCACCAUAUUGAACCAGCUGUGGGCAACUCUGGAGAGUUGUCAGGUCAACCAUGGAGAUAGGUUGCUCUGCGAACGAGGAAAACUACCACAGAAGGGUAACAUCCUGAUUUCAGCCUGGUUAUUCCGCACCAUCGAUGACGAGGAAGCUGGAGUGCUGUCUUGGCUCACCAUCACAUUCCAAAGUUUGUGGAAUGGCAGUGAUAACAAGGCUGAGAAAGACAGCCCUAUAUUCCUGGAUAACCUUGAAGUGAGCAAGAUGAGUACACUUGAGGAGCUUAAGGUUCGACUGAUGGAACUGCCCCAGCUGGACAGUGUCACCAACUAUAAUUACUUACGGCUAAAGGUGAUGGAGGACAACGAGAUGAAAACCAUCCUGAAGGGUCACAACAAUACCAUUCAGAAUUUGAAGCUUCCAGACACUUGUCAGAUUGGAGUUCAAGUCCUGGCAAAAUCUGAAAACUUAAGGCCUGAAGAAAUCUUGCUGACAAUUAAACAGCGUUUGUGCGACAGUCGUGAAUAUAAGGACCCUGUUGAGAUGGUUUGGGACACUGGCCAGGGGAACUCUGUUGACCACCUGAAAAGAACCAUUGCCAAUUUUCUCUUGAUCCCGGAAAAAGAUGUGCUGCUGGCCAAAUACUUCCCUUCAAAGUGUGAGUGGACUGUGCUGAAGGACUCAAAUACACAACACAACAAUAAGAAAGGGACAUCUAGAUCUCGUCGUAAAAACCAACACAGAGCUACCCGUACCCAGUGCAAUCCUUACUGCAUCAAAGAUGGAGAUUUGAUUGCUGUCAAAAACAUCUCCAAGGAAACUGGUGAGCUGGUGGACUUCUCUACAGCCAAAGACGAUGAGAACAAAGCAGAAAUGGAGCUUCAAAAUGGUCAUUCAAAGGACGAAUCAUCCAACAAGAAGAACUGUGGAGUGGCUUCUGCCAGUAAUCAAGACAACAAAUCAAUAGUGACUAAGUCUCGCAAAGCUUGCCCUGAAGUUGGCCUUACUAUCAAAGUGGAUAAAUUUACAUAAAAUCUUCAACUUUCACAUUCUAUCACUCAAUUCUUUGUUAUUUAUUUUUUUCCCCUUAAAAACCCCUAAUUUUGUUCUCCUUUGUAGGGGUUAAGAUUUUGUUUUUAAUAAUAAACUCUUUUAUCGAUGAUAA